AUGAAGAAUGGAAGCCUCAUAGUUGCCCGAUCGUUUUAUUGCGCAUUGUGUGGACAAAAGGUAGCUUCGUAUCAGAGACUGAUCAGCUUGGAUCUUGUUUUGUUUUUCCUUUCAGGCUUUCACAUGACGGAGUACCUGUCGAAGAUUUUUCCUGAAUCAUGUCUGCUGAUCGUUGUCGGGGUCGUGGUCGGGCUGCUGCUCUACUACACAGACGCCGCCAAUGGAACGAUGCUGACGCCGGAUGUCUUCCUGUUCUACAUGCUUCCGCCCAUUAUAUUAGAUGCGGGGUAUUUCAUGCCCAAUCGACUUUUCUUCGAUCAUCUGGGGACUAUUCUUCUCAUGGCUGUGGUUGGCACGAUCUUCAAUUCCAUGGCCGUCGGUGGCUCAUUGUACCUCGUGGGCACGACUGGAAUUUUCGAGGAAGUCCCGUUACUGCCUGCUCUGCUUUUCGGUUCCUUGGUGUCUGCCGUCGACCCCGUCGCUGUACUUGCCCUUUUUGAUGAGCUGUCCGUCAACGAAGUCCUCAACAUUGUCGUUUUCGGGGAAUCGUUGCUGAACGACGCUGUCACUGUGGUGCUGUAUCACAUGUUCGAGGCUUACACUGUGAUUGGAGAGAAUAACCUCCAUUUCACGGAUAUUCUGAAGGGAAUCGCUUCUUUCUUCGUGAUUUCCCUCGGGGGUACAAUAAUUGGUGUCAUAUGGGGAUUCCUGACCGGGUUCAUCACCCGGUUCACUGAGCACGCUCGUGUCAUCGAGCCCGUCUUCGUAUUCGUGAUGGCGUAUCUGGCGUACCUGAAUGCCGAGAUAUUCCAUUUGUCUGGGAUAUUGUCGACGACGUUCUGCGGCAUCACGAUGAAGAAUUAUGUGGUGGCGAAUGUGUCGCAGAAAUCGCAGACAACGCUGAAGUACACAAUGAAAAUGCUCAGCAGCAGCAGUGAGACCAUCAUUUUCAUGUUGCUGGGCGUUUCUACCGUUCAUGACGAGCACGUUUGGGACACAUGGUUCGUGAUUUUCACGCUGCUGUUCUGCACGGUGUACCGAGCCCUGGGUGUUGUUUUAUUGACGGCCAUAGCGAACCGCUUCCGUUUACACAAACUGGAGAGAGUGGAAAAGUUCGUGAUGGCUUACGGAGGAUUGCGCGGAGCAGUGGCGUUUGCUUUGGUCCUUCUCAUAGACGAGAACCAUGUCAAGCAAAAACACAUGUUUGUGACAACCACCAUCGCCGUGAUCUACUUCACUGUGUUUGUGCAGGGAAUUACGAUCAAGCCCUUGGUGCAAAUCCUUGGAGUUCGGCGAGCGGAGAAGCGAAAGAAAACGAUGAACGAACGAGUCCAUGAACGGAUGAUUGAUCACAUGAUGGCCGGGAUAGAAGAACUGAUCGGGCACACGGGAAAUUAUUACUGGCGUGAAAAAUUCAAAUACUACGAUCAAAAAUAUAUUCGUCCUGCGCUGCUACGCGAACGUCACGUCGCUGAACCAAAAAUCCUCGACACCUUUUCAAAACUGAAGAUGCGGGACGCGAAAAGCUACGCCGAGCUGAACGCCACAGCGUCCACGGCGGACAUUCAAACAAUGGCCAACAUGUUCAAGCAUGUGCAUCCCAGUGUAAGCGGACUUGCAUGGGGACGACGUCGGUCGUCGUCACUGACUGGGCAGCUGGGAGUGCAGAUUAACUCGUCAACGACGUCUCUGGGCGGUCUGCUGCUCGACUCGGGAGCAACAGCAGCGCUGGGCAAGGAGAAGUUCCGGCACUUGAUGCGCGACAGCGUGGCCGGGUGCGGCGGGUCGUCGCCCGUUGUUAUCGACCCUCGUGGCGCCGUGGCGCAAACGAGGUAUCAGUAUCCCGCGCCGCUUGUCAAUAAAUUUGCACUUCGAGGGGCGUCGCCGGACUCGCUGCCGCCGCCGUACUCGACUCAAGCAACGGCGCACUGGCGCCGUCCUGAGCGCCACAACGACACCGACACCGACGUGGACGCUGACCUGCCUUUCGCAAGCACGAGUAGUGGCGGCAGCACGCGCAGGCGUGUCAGCGGCAGCUUGGGGGCCAAGUCUUCCGCACCGAGCUUCGCGCUUCUCGCUGUGCCGUCGGCCCUGGCAACGGGCCCGGGCGCUGCACCGUUGACGAAUACGCAGAACUGGUACCCGACUCUGACCCACACUGCAUACCUGCAAGCAGCUGGGGAAUGGAACUUGGAUAUGAAAGAGCUGGAAUACUCUCCAUCAACAAGAGACAUGGACGACGCAAGAAUCAAUAGACUGCUCGAUGCGUCUAUGCUUCGCCCUUACCGCCGACACAAUCGAGGCGUGAGGUACAAUAGACACGCUGUAUCUGACAGGGAAAUGCCAGGGAUGAGUCAUCACAAGACCUACGCACACAUGCGGCGGCUGAUCAGCGAGCACGCUGCGGAGAAGGCGCGACGCAAGCCGGACCGGAGAGGCGAUGACUCGCCGGACGGUGCUGACGACGGAGGCAUUGGCGCUGCUGUCACGUCCAAUGGACGGGACAAGUGCAAGGUUGUGUCUUUCGCACCUCAAGUGCGUGGCACAGUGGCGGCAUCGCCGCCGAAGGGACACCCACCACCGACGCCGAAGAUCGUCGUGCAGGGACCGAAUGGCGGGAAGGGCAAGGUUGUCGUGAAGGCCAAGAAAGCCGUCGGGGUCGGGUGGCGCCUGCGGAGACCCAAAUCCGUGCUAAGUCACGUCAUGGAGCCGACGGCGAGCGAUUAUUCGACUCUUCUGCUACCCGAUAAACGCUGGUAUUCGGACUCGGCCUUGCCAGCAAGCGCGUCAGAAGGAGCGCUUCAUGGAGAACCAGGAUAUUCCCCACAAGAAGCAGACCCCAGAGAACUGACAACGACUGAAGUGACUUUGCCAUGGAAGCGUCCAAUCGGCAAUGAAGAGCAACUGGAGAAAUUCGAACCUGCUCGACACGAAUCUCCAGGGUGGCUGGAGUGCGAGUAUUCACCGUCGGACACCGUUUUGGGUAUGCGCGGAGACGAGAAACGAAAAGAGGCGUACGACUUGUUCCGUCGACGCGAGAGCAUCGGCAGCGCAGCGGGAUUCCGCGGGAGCUUCCGGCUGUCCACGAGCGAGAAACAGCGACGACGCCACAGCGUUUCCCAGCGACAAAUUUCCUCCUUGGCUCAACCAAAUCUGGUUUCAUCGCAGAAGCAGCCCGACCCAUCCACGGGAUCCGACCAGAGCGGGGGGAUCGAUAAUCCUGCAUUCCAACCAGAGACUGUCAUCAAUAUCGAGGCCUAUGACGCCGACGAGGCUUCCAAAUCGCGUGAUUCUGUCAACCCUGCCAACAAGCCGAACUAGGCUGGACGGGUACACGUAGCGAAAUGCUUUCAGUCUUGACUUCUUGCCACAUCCAACACAAGCGAUAACAAGAAGCGCGGGAUCGAAGAAGCAAAGAGAGGCCAAAAGCUUUGAUUUCAGAGUGGAGAAAAGCUUUCAUUUGAAAUCUUUAUUUUCGUUCCGGGAUUCGCGAACGUUUUUUUCCCCCCUUCGUGUAGUUGCAUUUUUUUUCGAGAGCGGGAAAACAUUCCUUGAUCAGCUUAAUGAUCGAAAUAUCCCAAAAAUCCAUCCGUCACAAGUCUUUCCCGUUGGUCUGUUUCACUUAGCUGUUCCUCUUUAUUACUCGGAAGCCGCAAUCGCACACGGAAUAUUUGAGCCACUUAUCUACUUCGUGGGAAAAAGUGGAAAAACUUGCAUUUCGGGAAUUCGGCGGAAGAAUUCUGCGAUGAUUUCCUGUUCUAGUUUACAUAUCACAAAUCUUAUCUUUCCGUCCUGAGACAAUGUUGAACUAUGGAUUCAGAGAUUGUUGAGCUUCUCAGAUAUCUAUAUAAACGACCAAGAUCAUCCGUUGUGCACAACUUCUCCACGUUGCAUUUCGAAGUGGAUAUUUUCAAGUUGUAAACGAACCAGCAGUUAUCACCGGGAAAUAGUGGACAUACGUACGUUUUGAAUAUCUUUCAUAUUGAAAGCUGCGGACAAAUUUAAUUGAUUCAACGGAGCUGUGUAAUGGUGAGGAACUUUUCAAUACGGAUGUUUCAAGUGAUGGUGUAUGGAUUCGCGCAUUUGUUUCUGUACUUCGAGAUCCUUUGGCUAGCCCCCAACGUACGAGUAACAUUGAUGCACUCGGAUAGCCUUGAAGAUUAUUUUACAUUUUUCAAAAAAUGAAAAUGACUGGUGGGACCGAUUUUUUUUCGUUUUCUGGGUGGAACGCAAGUGAGUGUCGAUUUUUUUUAUUCGUGUACUUGGGGCUCACGGUUUAAUUUCACGUGAAGGUUAGGGAUUGGAACCCCUGCUAUACUGCAGUGGAGAAAGUGCUUUGUCUCAGUGAUCCCUGAUGCGGCGUUCAGAAAAAAGUCAGUUUCUCAGCGUGCCAUGGUCCACGUCAAUUAAUGGGCAAACCGGAUUUUGGCUCAUGACCACAUCUUUUUUAGCGCUUGAGUAAUUUAGACGCGGGAAUUUGUUUCACUUCGGGGAAAACAAUGCGCGAGUCUGAUUAAGUCAUGUCCUGUGCUUCUCCCGUCAAGAGAGAACUCUCAUUGCUUUUCGACGCUUGCAAACGUGUGAAAUGUGAAAUCGUGUUGAAUGUUACUUUUCUUGUCAUUUCAAAUGACCGUGAAAGCUUGGUGCCUUGAGACGAAUGCAGGAAACUUGAGCCCAAA